AUGCGUAGUUCCGGCGCCGAGGUGGGUAUAAAUACGGGCCCAAGUCCGAUUGAUCCGGCACAACGCAAUCACCAACACACUCGAUCGCACAAAACGGUCUGCAGUACUCGACGAUCCGAAAAAAAACACCACAACAGCCAAACGUCAACAUGUCCGGAAAGCUCGUCAUCUUUUUCUUGGUUGCCGUCGCUCUGGCUUGCAUCGGUUCCGCCGCAGCGCAACACAUCGUCUACCCGGCACCAGUCAUCACUUCCUACUACCACCCCUACGGAUACACAUUCCCUUUGUCUUACAACUACAGGUUCGGUGCUUACCCGUACCUCUUGCGUCGUUGAUUUACACAGCCCAGACAUACUCCUUUCCAAUCGAUACGCCUUGAAUAAGAAUAUACAGACUUCACACCUAACGAUGUUUAAACGAUUUGUAAACCCUUUUAUUUAUUUGGUAAAAAAAAAUGUAAUUUAUUUUGAAGUGCUAUAAUUAUCACCAUAAUCACGUCAUGUUGAAAUAAAAAUAUAUUUAUAUAAAACUGUA